UUUACAUACAAAUAUAGGAAAAAGCUUUAAAAAUCUUCUUCUCAAGAACCAUUGGGCCAAAGAAGUUGACAUUUACAUGAAAGCUUUCUGACAUAGUGUAGAUUCAAGUUUGCAAAGGGUAGUUUGGGCCAUAAUAGGGACUAAGAUUUUACAUGCAAAUAUAUAUGGAAAGUCUUCAGAUAUGGGCCAAGGUGACUCAGGUGAGUGAUGUGGCCCAUGGGCCUCUUGUUCGGUUUGGGAAUACAUCAUAUGUAUCAUUUUUGUAUUUUUACUAAGAAAUAAAGUAUAUUAAAAAUAUAUUUUUGUGUGUUUCAUUAUAUAUUUAGAAAGUGUAUUAUUUUUUACCUAAUUUGGAACCAAGAUUUAGUUGGUUCCAAAUUUGGUCAUUAAAAAUAUAUAUUUUUUUGGUAUCAUUUUAGUAUUAUAUUUUUGUGUCAUUUUCGUAUUUAUUUUCGAUAUCGGUUAAAACAUCAAAAGAUAUGACUAAUUUGGACUCAUCCUAAAGUCAUAACCCUGGGUUAUGAAAUUUACCAUUUUUUUGUACAUCCUUUUCUGUUAUUCCUACUCUGGGGAUCAUCAAAUUUACAAAUUUUAGUAAAAGACUACUUGCUCUAUCCAUUUAGUUUCAAUUUAGUAUCAAUAGCACUAAAGAAGAUGUUAUUUAAAGGACACAUCUCAUAUUUUCAAAGUAUACAAAAUUACAUGCAUUUUUCCUUCUUUAUUCUUAUACAGUGGAACCCCGUUAUUACGUUCCCCCUUUAUUACGUUAGUCCGCAUAUUACGUUGGAAUUUCAAAGCACAAAACCAUUUCUUAACAAACCUAUAUAAAAUAGACCUCGUUAUUACGUUGUCCCAAGAUGCCGGGUCUCGGUAUUACGUUGUAAAAAUUCCGACAAAAAACGUAAUAAACCCCUAAUUAUUCAAUAGUGAUUCUCAAGAUAAUCAGCUGUUCACACCUUGACUGCCUGAGGCAGUCACCACGUAAAUUUCCUGGUCUGUCUGGGGAUUAGAGACGCUUGACUGAUCACGCUUCGUAAGAUCUCGCGACAUCAAUACAGGUAAAUACACCGUAUUGAAGCCAGUGACCAACAAUAUUAAAGAUUGUUUAUCUAAGUGUACUCUAUAAAAUUUACCUCAUUUUUCAUACAGUUUGAUAAUUCUCCACGACAUGUGCGAUCACUUUUGCUAUUAAAACUCUAUAAAUUACGGACAGCUUUGGUAUCAAACAUAAUUUGGAUGAAAUUCCUCAUAACAAAGUUAAAACGGCUUGGGUAACGGCUUGGAUAGGGUUAAAUGAUCAAAGGAGCUGGCACUGAUAAUUGCGUAUUAAACAGUGUUCAGCAAUUAAAAAAUGGUCAGUAAUCCUGACAUGUAGCUUGGGUGUAAUUAGAUUUUGUCCAUAUAUACCCUGGUCAAACUGCCCCGUGUUAUCAGUUGUUCCGUGCACGGUAUUCGGCUCGAUCAUUGAACAUCUUAAUAUCCCUGGAUAAAUUUUUGUGCUACAGUGUAUAAUUGAAAUCUUAGUGCUUAUUUUAUUGUGCUUGGUUUUAGUGCUUAUCGGCAGUGAAAAGUGUAAGUGUUGUGUUGGUUUUUGUGUGUGUGAUUUUGGUUGUGUUGUGUAUCAUAUAUGUGUUUUGUGUGUAUGUGUGUGCUUUUGAAUUUAUCAUCAUGUCGCUAAAGAGGAAAAGGACCGAUUUAACCCUUGCCACUAAGUACGAAAUCGUCAAGCUUCUGGAUCAGAAAGUAUCACAGUCAGAAAUAGGUCGCCGCUAUGGACUCGUCCAAUCAACGAUAUCUACCAUCUCCAAAAAUCGUUCAAAGAUCAAAGAAAAUUAUGAAUCUUCUGGAAAUUCGGAGAGAAAACGACAUCGCAGCGGUAAAAACGCACAGCUUGACGAUGCGCUAAAGGAAUGGUUCCAGACAGCACAACAACGAGACAUCCCAAUCAGUGGUCCGAUUCUGCAGGAAAAGGCAAUCAACUUCGCCGAAAGGAUGAAUGUUUCCGACUUCAACGCUAGUAAAGGAUGGUUAUCCAGAUUUAAAACAAGGGAAAACAUCGGAUUCAAGAAGCUUCAUGGAGAAAAGAAAGAUGCAGACAAAGACGCCGCUGAUCGCUGGAUCACUGAUGUUCUUCCGGAGUUAACACGCGAGUAUAGUGCCGAUGAUAUCUACAACGCAGAUGAAACUGGAAUUUACUAUCGUGCCAUACCCGACAGUACCCAUGUAUUCAAGAAUGAGAUUGCCAGUGGAUCAAAGAAAUGCAAAGAUCGCAUAACAGCUUUAGUGUGUGCAAACAUGAGUGGAGGCGACAAGAGGAGACUUCUAAUCAUCGGCAAAAGUAAAGAUCCAAGGUGCUUCCGUGGAAAAAGCCUGCCCAUCACAUACAGAGCGAAUAAAAAUUCGUGGAUGACAGGAGAGAUCUUCACCGAGUGGAUCCGUGAUUUUAACUGUGAAAUGUGCCGGAAGAAGCGGAAAGUCCUGCUAUUGGUAGAUAACUGCACAGCCCAUCUGAAGAAUUCGGCAGAUCGCUUAAGCAACGUGCGCCUAGAAUUCCUGCCGCCGAACACCACGUCGAUAAUACAACCGUGUGAUCAAGGCAUAAUAAAAAAUCUUAAGAGCAAAUACCGUAGUGAAGUUGUGCGUAAGAUCAUUAGUGAUAUAGACGAUUCGAACGUGACCGCCAGCGACCUCGCCAAAAGCCUUAGUCUACUAGAUGCCGUGCAUCUACUGAACAAGGCAUGGAAGUCGGUAUCCUGUAGCACCAUCGCCAAUUGUUUCCAUAAAGCUGGAUUCGCCAUCGAGGAGUCAGAAGAAAGAGAUGAAAUCGACGUUCCAGCAGGAAUGACAGAAGAGGAAUUCCAGGAAUAUGUAAAUCAUGACAACGACCUUCAACCGCAUCAUAUGCCAACAGAGGAGGAAAUUUGUGAGGAAUUCAUGGGUGUAAGGGAAUCAGAAGAAGAUGAAUAUGAAGAAGAUAAUGAAGAUGAAGAUGAAACCACCAACCUACCAGUUACCAGCAACGAAGUAAAUGAUGCAUUAAAGACCAUUAGAAAGUACAUGGAAGAAAACAACGAAGAGGAUUUCCAGUUAAUCUACAGUUUAGAGGAUAAGUGUGGGGAAAUUGCGGAAAGAGCAAAGAAACAGAAGAAGAUAACAGAGUUUAUAAACUGGAUUCCUUAAACGUGUGUAAUCUUUAAAUUACGUUGAAUCUUAUGCUAAUGUUGGGUAAGUAUAGUUUUCCUCUAUUUUCAUGCUUGUUAUUUUGACAAUAAAAAUACAUAUGUAGAAUAAAAAGCGAUGUUUUGUUAUUUAUAAUUUCAUGUACGACUGUGAAUACGAACAGGAAUGAGGUAUUGCGAGAAAUUUAUAUGAACGUAUUACUUAUUUAAGAAAGCGAAAGUUCAACAUAAUGGCGGAAACGAAUGGUGCAUGGUGAUAGUGAUAAGCAACGCUUAAACCAAAACAUUGUGCAUCCUACUAGAGAAAAGGGAUAAAUACAUGAAGAAUUACGGACAUUUAAGAUAAGAUGUUAAUAAAACAAAGUGUCAUACUCUUUUUUUAAACAAAGAAACGGUAAACAUGUCAAUACACACCCCCUUCUACGUAGUAUCAACGGACGAUAUACAAUUUCCAAAUGAUAUUUUUAACGGAUUUCACUGGGAACGUUUAUUACGUUGACCCCGUUAUUACGUUAUUUUAUCGUGACAAAAGGGGGGAACGUAAUAACGGGGUUCCACUGUAGUAAUUAAUUCUAAUAGUUCACCAAAAUUUUGCGAUAAUUAACCACAAUAAAGACUUAAAUCUAAGCCCUGAUUUCAAAAAGUAGGUAGGUAGUCACGUGGUACAGUGACGUCACAUGCACCCUUCGGAUUGUAUAAGUAGUGUGAGAUAUUAUUAAAAACUCAGCUUUUAGGGGCCCAAUUUAUUCACCAUGGGCAACAUUUACAUCGAUGUUUACAAAUUUUCUGAGUUUUAUGUUUUCGCCACCAGUGCAAACAUAUAGCGAUGUAAAUACCCAAAUAUAGCGAGAAAAGCGUGUAUGAAAUCGCGGUUCGAGAGAAGAAGAAAAAAAACAUUGCAGCUAAUAUGACGUCACAAUUUGUGACCGUUUAUAUCAAGCGCGUUAAAUUUCCUGCGUUAAAUGAAGAGGUGGAUAAAAGUCGUGUUGCAAGAUGUUAAUGGGCUUCGCUCGAUCGUCUCAAUGGUCACACCGUACAACAUAUUAUUGAUUUAAUUGUUAAUCAAGGAUUUUUGUUGUUAAAGACUGCACCCAUAUCGAAAAUAAAUAUGAAAAAGAUACAAGAAAAAAAUACUAAAAUGAUACAAAAGAAGUAUAUUUUUAAUGACCAAAUUUGGAACCCUCUAAAUCUUGGUUCCAAAUUAGGUAAAAAAUAAUACACUUUCUAAAUAAUGAAACACACAAAAAUACAUUUUCAAUAUACUUUAUUUCUUAGUAAAAAUACAAAAAUGAUGUAUUAUUUCUAUACUCUUGUUGGCCGGGUUGCACGAAGUGCAAAUCCGGUCUAUAGUAUGGUGAAGUGCGGGCGGUUGGGGAAAUUUUGUGAAAUCAACUCCUACAGUUUUUUAUGUACAACCUUGAAACUUUGCAGAAAGUAAGUAUAUAUAUUGAAGUUAUGCACUAGGUUUUUUGAAGUCUGACCUUUGUCGAA